GAAAGAAGCAUCAACUGUCGGCUAUGAUCCCGGUGAGUCGAAACGUUAUCGUUCAGUUAGAUUUUUGGCAUCCAGUUUAAAGGUAGAUCAAGAUGUAAAUGUACCAGUUUUACUUGAAAGAAAAGCUGAUUCGAAACGUCUACCGAUGCCGAUACGAGCACGUUCUACUUCUCCAAAUAGUAGUAGUAGCCUGUACAGUUCAACAAAUGGGUCAUCAAUUAAACAAGAAUCCAAGAGAAUUAGAAGUCAAUUUAGGUCCAGUAUUCUUACUCGAAUUCGUGGUCAAAAACCAGGUGUUUCUGUCAGUAUUCAAGAAAUACCGACUGAACGUUUUAUCCUACCGGAUAAUUCUCAUUCAGCUUCACCUUCGCAUGGCUCGCCUAAAACACUUGACAAUAUGACGGUGACUGUUAAGCCAAGAAUUCAUAACUUAUUCCCUUAUUAUGUGCCCACAAUGUCUACAAAUGAUGUAGAAGGUAUUAUUCCACAUGUUGAUAGUCUUAUGAAUCCUCAGGCUGCUGCGAACACAACAGUAUCAACGCAAAUAACAACGACAACUACAGUAACAACUGCAACCACAUCAGACCCAAAAACAAAUAACACUAUUGAUCGUGAUCAGGUCAUCACUGAGAAUCAAAAUGACGAGGGAAGUCUGUGUCUGAGCACUAUUCAACUUGAAUCAGAUUCUCUAACAAGCAGUGAAAUUAUAGGGACUUCAUCAGAAUAUAAUUCACGCGAAAGGCUACAUGCCACUCGAGAAUAUUAUCAGCUAACUUCAGAAGAAGAUUUAGAAAGUGACAAUUCUUCUAAACAGUUUGAUAAUGAUCAUCAUGAGAAAAAAGUUAAGGGUGACGAUAAUGUCGGUAGUGAAAUUAAGAAAUCAGAAAAUGUUGAACACAACACCUUAGAUUCAGUAAUGAAAAAUAUAGAGACUAAUCAUACUGCUGUGAUGCUCGACACGGAACAGCGAUCUAUUAAAGAGAAUAUUUAA